UUGGAGUGCCUGUAAACAUGGGAUAAAACUCAAAACUGAAGAUAUCCCAAGGUAAACACCACGCCGUCAGUCAACGUUUUAGUUCCCACUAGCAUCGCCUCUCUGCCUCCUCUUCAUACCCAUGUCUCUGCCCAUAUAUGAAGCCAUUAACUCAUGAGUCAUGAUUCACACCUCGAGAACCAGCCUCAGUUCAACAAACAAACAAUAGGGAAAAAAAGAAACAAAGAAAUCCUCGUUUGAUUGGAGAGAGAAAGAGACGCAUCCCUCUCUGGUUUGACACCGAUAACAAAUCCUUGGCAUCCUUGUUAUCAUGUAAUCCCCACAUGUCACUUGGGUUUAUUAGACAUGCAACUUCUUGGCACGAGUGAUGGCAUAUAUAGUCAACUAGCAAGCUACCAACAAGACGUAGGAGAGCGCGGCCGAGAGCCAGAGAGUUGAGGAAGGCGAUGGCCGUGGCGGCGGCCGAGAAGGCGGUGAGGUGCCUCGGCCGGGGCUUCGACAUGGCGAGCGACAUGAGGCUCAAGUACUGCAAGGACGCCGGGGGGUGCCUGGUCGAGAGGAGCGGCGUCGAGACGGCGCCGCUGGCCGUGCCCGGCGUUGGGACAGUCUGUGGCGUGCCCACCGACGUGAAGUGCGGCAAGGGCGACCGCAUCCGGCUCAAGUCCGGCGUGCUCGAGUUCAACAAGAUGUCGGAGCUGUUCAACCAGCGAAGCUCGGUGGAGGGGAAGAUCCCGUCGGGUCUGUUUAACGCGUCCUUUGACCUGGACAGCGGCUCCUGGGCUCAGGACGCGUCCGCCACCAAAUGCCUCGCCAUGGACGGCUACUUCAUAUCCCUCUUUGACCUCCGCCUCGACCGCCGCCCGCUCGUGCUCGCCGACCACGUCCUCAGGGACGUGCCGGCUGCCUGGGACCCCUCGGCCAUUGCAAGCUUCAUCGAGAAGUACGGGACGCAUGUGGUCGUAGGGCUCAGCAUGGGCGGGCAGGACGUGGUAUACGUGAAGCAGGACAAGUCGUCGCCGUCAGAGAUCAAGGAGCAUCUGGACAGGCUCGGCGACCAGCUCUUCACCGGGGCGUGCGCCGUGCCUCCGCGUCACUGCAGGUCCAAAGACAAGUUCAAGAUACCGGAGGCUUUCAAUGUGUUCGAUGCCCAGGUAGCACAGCAACGGCUUCAAGCAGGGAUCACCACUCUGGUAUCUUGCAAGGAGGGUGUGACAGUGAUAUACUCCAAGAGGGGAGGGGACACAACGGUCGGCAGCCACUCGGAGUGGCUCCUCACCGUGCCGGCGAUGCCUGACGUGAUCAACGUCAAGGCUGUGCCCAUCACCUCCCUCAUCAGAGGCGUAGCUGGCGCCGGCUACCUCUCUCACGCCAUCAACCUCUAUCUCAGAUAUAAGCCUCCUGUAGCUGACCUGAAGUACUUCCUGGACUUCCAGCAUCACAAGAUGUGGGCGCCGGUGCUCGGCGAGCUGCCUCUCGGCCCGUGCUCGAACCGGCAGGGCUCCAGCUCGGCGUUGUAUCUCAGCCUGCUGGGUUCCAAGCUCUAUGUCAGCUCAAGUGAGGUGAUUGUUCCUAAGUUGCCGGUCACUGGGAUGCGGCUGCACCUGGAGGGCAAGAAAAACAACCGGUUAGGCAUCCACCUGCAACACCUGUCGACCACCCCGACGUUCAUCGCGGCGCGGGCCGACAAGCCGCCGGUGUGGCGAGGGUUGGAAGCAGCCUCCGACGACCAGUACUUCGAGCCGGUCCAGUGGCGGAUGUUCGCGCGGGUCUGCACCGCGCCGAUCAAGUACGACCCCCGGUGGUGCGGCGACCGGCUGGCGGCAUGCAUCGUGAUCGGCGCGCAGCUCCACGUCGCGGCGCACGACGCCACCGACGUGCUGCACCUCAGGCUCCUCUACUCCGAGCUCCCCGGCUGCGCCGUUGUGCAGUCCAGGUGGGCGCGCAGCACGGCGAGGUUGUCGGGGAAAUCGAGCUUCCUGUCCGUGUCCUCCGCGGGGUCUUCCAGUGGUGGUAGUGGCGCGCAGAAGGAGAGGCAGCAGACGGGUUCGCCGGAGGGUAUCAACCUCGACUCCGGAGUGUUCACCGGGGGCCCACCAGUGCCCAUCGGCGCGCAGAAGAUGCUCAGGUUCGUGAACACCUCGCAGGUGACCAUGGGGCCGCAGGACAGCCCUGGGUACUGGCUCGUCACCGGUGCAAGGCUCGUUGUCGACAAGGGGAGAAUCUCGCUGCACGUCAAGUUCUCCCUGCUCGCUCCGGCUUCUUGACAAGGUGUUCAUUCAUCCAGAGUUGUACAGUUUUCUGGAGCUAAAUACUGACCACUGUAACAACACACAUCUUGUUUGCCAUUUUCCCAAGAGUUUUUCCCAACCGUUCUUUUAUGUUUUGGUUUUGGUACGAGUCCUGUGAAUGUUACUGCGAGGUGAGUGCAGAUUAUCCGAAUUGAUCCAAAAAAACCCACUGAUACAUUCGAAUAAUUAAACAUUUCACAAGUAGUGAACUACCACGA